UAUAGGCUUACAGGUUCUCUAUGUGUGCACUGUCUCAUUCCGGGAAAGGGAAGUUGGCGAUAUAAUUUAAGUUAUGAAGAAUGAGAUGAGGAAUACACUUUCUUUAACUGUCUAUGGGAAUACGCUGGCUGAUGUCCGACAGCUGCUCAACGCGUACGAGGCUGACGGCAGUCUGCUAUAAGAAGAAGAAAAUGCACUGAUGACUGGAUUCCGCACCGAACCCUGUCAAAUAAUGAUCAGAGAAAUUUUCAUAGUUCGGCAUCCUUUUUCUGUGUGUGUACCUGUGGACCAUAAGGUGACCCUGAGUGUCCGUGCUGAGGGCACAGGUACCCUCAACUACCAGUGGUUCACUGAUGAAAAGGAGUUGUCUGGAGGCACUGAAGCAGACUUGACCAUCAAAGCUAAAAGAACUCAGCUCUAUGUGUGCCGUGUGAAUGAUCACUAUUGUAACUGCGUGUUCAGCGACUGGGUGAAAGUCAAGGUGUUGGACAUUGAUAAAUCAGGGCUGCCAGUAUAUUGGCAGGGUGAGCCACACAUCGUGGUCAACCCUAAACCCCAAACAGUCCGACAAGGGUCAAAACUCACUCUCUGUUGCGCAGCCUUUGGCAUCCCGACUCCAAACUACCAGUGGUACAGAAAUGGACAGCCGCUGCUGGACAAGACUAGUGGCAUGCUGCAGAUUGACCGUGCAACAGUCGAACAUGGAGGAUCAUACCUGUGCUCCAUAUCUAACGUGCUAGAUGAGACAUGGACUGAACCAGUCAAUGUUGACGUUGUGCAAACUGAUCCCCUUCCUCCUGCACCGCCCACAGCCACUGAUAAAGUCGCCCUACUUAUUGGCAACCUGAAUUAUUCCAACCACCCUGACUUAAUGGCCCCCAUUAUGGAUGUGCAUGAGCUGGCCAACCUCCUGCAGCAGCUCGGCUUCAGAGUGGUUUCCCUGCUGGAUCUCACCAGGGAGGAGAUGCUGGCCGCUAUUGACAUGUUCAUGCAGCUCCUUGACAGAGGAGUUUAUGGCCUUUUUUACUACGCGGGUCAUGGAUAUGAGCAUGCUGGGAGGAAUUACUUGGUAGCUGUUGAUGCUCCACAACCAUAUCGACCUGAAAACUGUGUCUGUGUGCAGAGGAUCAUGCUCAGCAUGCAGGAAAGACGGACUGUACUGAGUGUUAUCCUAUUGGAUACCUGUAGAAAAUGGUACAACCAGGAUUGCAUUCCUUCCGGCAUCAUGCCAUUGGGACCCAGUGGGAACACUGUUUACGGUUAUGCCACAUGUGAAGAUGCUGAGGCGUUUGAGGUCCAGGACGGGGGGAAAAGUACUGGAAUCUUCACUAAGUACUUGAAUGCGCACAUCCUGCAGACCGAGAAAGUCACACAUGUUUUAGAAAAGGUGUCUGAGGAUCUAGGCAGAGACCCUCUAGUGACAGGCAAGCAGCAAGUGGAGAUCAAACACACCCUGAAGGAACCUCGAUCCCUUGCAGACCCAGUACAGACCACUGGCCAUACAAGGGAGCUUCACCUACGAGAUGCCUGCUGGAGACAAGCAAAUGAGCUACCACGGAAGAAGCGGCUGAAGUUUGUUUGCGGAGUAGAAGUGGAAGUCAGCUUCUCGGCUUUGUUCUCUAAUGUCUUGGUGGCUUUUGCCACUGUAAAGACUACAGGCCCCCGAACCCAGGACUGCACUGUCACCCUGAGUAGCACACCUCCAAUAGAAGACAUAUUUUCCGGCCCUGGUAGGUCUGAGGAGAUGGACUCUCUACUGUUUAAGACAUCUGAUAACCCGGACUGUACUCUGCGACUUUGUGCUCUUCAAAAGAUAACGGCAUCGCUGGUGAUCAAGGUGGAGCUACACUAUACACACAUGGACAGUAAGCUACGCCAGACAGAAAGCCAACAGGUGGACAUAGGAAAACCUCUGGUGGCAUCCUGUAAAUUGCACAGGAGGAAUCAUGCAACAACAACCAAGAAACAAGAAGGUGCUUCUGCUCAAAGUAUGGGCAACAUUUCAAGCAGCAAACCACGGCUGCAUCAGACUCUGGCUGGUCCGUGUGGCCCUUUCACCAGAAAGGCAGAGUGUGCUGCUAAAGUUGCAGUUACAAGGAGCAACGAACCUGAAGAGAAUGAUGAAAAUGAACUACAAGACUUCACUUUUCGACAUUAAAUCGUUUUCAGUCCUAUUGUAAAUACUUGUUUGUAAAUGUGAUGCUUUUUGAUUUGAUCAGAAAGUAUUCAGUUGCUGAUCAUACAUCUUGUGUGUGAUUUAUGAUGAUGAUAAUGAUGAUGAUGAAUGAGUGAAUGACAGAGGUGUGUUUGGUUUGCUUUACCAGCCUUUAGUGCUUAGCUCAACACUGAAGAAACAUUAACACUUACUUUUGCUAACCACUGAUUUCAUUAAAAAUGGUAUAAUAUUUUUUAUUAUUAUUACUUUUUAUCAGUGGCAAGCUGGCUAGCCUAAUUUAUCAAAUAAAGACCAUUUCGGGUUAAUAAUUUAUCUAAUAAAGACCACUACUUUUAUCACUAUUUU